GCAUUUAGUUCCAUUUUUAUCUCCACGGUAUCCAUAUCCAAUCCUAAGACUACUGAGCUCAUCUGUGAUAGAAUAAUAUAAAAAAUUCAAUAAUGUUUAAACAAUUUUUUACAUUUUCUUUGUUAGUUAUUGUAUUAAUUUUAAGUUUUCAUGGCAACGAAGUGAACGCACAAAAAUAUUGUACAACACCUGAUGGUUUCAGGGGAUCUUGUGUGCCAGUAACAUCUUGCCAAACAAUAAAGCAACUAUUGGAAAUUUUUCCAAGACCUCUUCCGUCUUCUGUUCAAGAUAUUAUCAGACGAUCGUAUUGUGGAACAGUUAACAAGGUUUAUUAUGUGUGCUGUGAUAUCGAUAGCAUCAAUAGUGAAACAACAACAAGGUCAGCACCACGAUCAGCACAACCAACAACAACAACUCGUCGACCUAGAAGACCAACAGUAUCAACAUCCGAUUCAAAUAUUCGUCGUAGUUCCGAUUUUUCGAACAGUGAAGUUCAAUCUGGUAUGAGUAUUUUGGAUAAAUUAAAAACCCAGUGUGGAAAAAGUGAUGCAGACAGAAUCGCAAAUGGAGAAGAAGCCAAUCUUUCCGAAUACCCAUGGAUGGCUUUGUUGAUUUAUAGCGAUGGUGUUAAAAGAAGUAUUCAAUGUGGAGGUACUCUCAUAACUGACAGAUAUGUUUUAACAGCUGCUCAUUGUAUAUUAAUAAAACCUAGACCUGGAAAAUUGGUAAGUGUUCGCUUGGGAGAACAUGAUACAACAGAAACUAUUGAUUGCGUUGGCAGAGGGGCAGCCAGGAAAUGUGCCCCACCACUACAGGAAAUCGACGUUGAAGAGGCAAUUUAUCAUAAGAACUUCAAUCGAAACGCCUUUUCCAAUGAUAUUGGCGUUGUUCGACUUAGCAGUCCAGCAAUUUUUCGCAGUAACGUUAGACCAAUUUGCUUACCAAUAACCGAAAGAUCGAUGUCAGCUAAUUUGGAGAAUAUGAUAAUAGCUGGAUGGGGAAAAGUAGAAACUGAUAAUCCUGCUACGAUCUUACAGAAAGCAACAGUUCCAGUGCGAACUAAUGAAUAUUGUGAUAAGAAACUGGGAAUUGUGGAACUGACCGAAUAUCAUUUGUGUGCAGCAGGAGGAGAAAAGAAUAUUCAUACAUGCGUUGGUGAUUCGGGUGGUCCAUUAUUUUAUAGUGUACCCUUUGUGAAAGCAAUACGUUAUGUGCAAUAUGGGGUUACCUCUGGUGGAAGUUCUGAAUGUGGUCUAGAUUAUCCAAACAUAUUUUCAAAUGUUAAAAAGUUUUUACCUUGGAUAGCUGCUAAUUUAAAGGAAUCAUGUACAACUCUUCGUGGUCAAACAGGAGCUUGUGUUCCCAUCUUAACAUGCAAGACAAUUACACAACUACUAUCAGCAGCCCCAAAGCCACUUCCACCUUCAAUUACUGAAUUGGUCAAACUUUCGGAAUGUAAAACAUUCAAUGAUGUUCAUUAUGUUUGCUGUGAUGCCAAUAGCAUUGAUAACGAAGCUACAACAGAAAAACAAACAACUAAGCCGCAGACCAAACCAGAAGUCUCCGAAUCCGAUGUAAAAGUUCGACGUAGCUCUGAAGUUUCUGACACUCAAAUUGAGUCUGGAAUGGGUAUUCUGGAUAAAUUUAAAAAACAAUGUGGUAGAAGCGAUGCUGACAAAGUUUCAAAUGGAGAAGAUGCAAAUCUCUCCGAAUACCCAUGGAUGGCUCUGUUGGUUUAUUCGGAUGGUGUAGAUAGAACUCUGGAUUGUGGUGGAUCUCUGAUAACUGACAGAUAUGUUUUGACGGCUGCACAUUGUAUUCGAGUUGGAAACAAGCAAUUGGUAAGUGUUCGUUUGGGAGAGCAUGACACAAAGGAGGCUAUUGACUGCGUUGGCAAAGGGGCAGCUAGGAAAUGUGCACCGCCUAUACAAGAAAUUGAUAUAGAAGAAGCAGUCUACCAUAAGGACUUUCGUCCAAGUAGCUUCUUGAAUGACAUUGGACUUGUUCGAUUAAUUAGCCCAGCCACUCUCCAAAAUAGCGUAAGGCCUGUUUGUUUGCCAAUUACAAAACGAUCAAUGGCAGCUGUUGUAGAUCAGAUGAUAAUCGCUGGAUGGGGUAAAGUAGAAACUGGUACUCCCGCUACAAUUCUUCAAAAAGCAGUAAUUCCGAUACGAGAAAAUGAUUAUUGUGAUAAUGCUCUAAAAGUUAUUAAAUUGACGGAAAAUCAAUUGUGUGCUGGAGGAGGUGACAAAAAGAUCGAUACAUGUUUGGGUGAUUCUGGAGGACCAAUAUUUUAUACGGUUCCAUUUCGUAAAGGGAUACGAUAUGUCCAGUAUGGUGUUGUAUCUGGGGGAAGUUUUGAAUGUGGUUUAGAAUUUCCGAGUAUAUUUUCAAGAGUUAAAAAUUUCUUACCCUGGAUAGCUGGAAAUUUGAGGUCUUAGAAAAGUAUGAAAAACUAUCAAUUAAAUUAUUUGAAAA